AUGGAGAAUUUUGUGUUAGGUGUGGCCCCUUUCAGUUGCUGCAACGUUAAAAGGAUGAGGCCGUGCAUCACCUGGUUUGUUGAGGAGCCGGACAGUGGCUACAACUACGACCCCAAAACUGAUCUUUCUUUGUACGAGAAAGGUUGCGGUAGCGGAAUGACCGAAAGCAUAUGUUAUUGGAUAUUGAUGUUGGCAUACGUCUUGCUAUACUCAAGGAUCGUUCAGGCUGUCGGCAUCGUUUUGUCUCGUCUCGUUCAAACUUCUUUGGCUCUGGCAAUCGACUACGCUGAUCCCACUCAGUCAGCUGCCGGGUACAUCAUCGUUUUUGGCAUGCCCCCUCAACCUCCAUCGGCUCUUGCCGACCCUGCCAUGAUAAAAAAAAAGAAGGAAUUACUCAAAGAUUUAGCAUACUCGAGUGGGUUUUAA